CUUCCCAAUUAAGUUACUUAUUAGCACAAAUAAUUACAUUCCAUAACUAGAAACAUAUAUAUGAUACAUUGCUUUUCUUGAUUGAUUGAUUUUACUAUACAAUUUCUCUUUAUUUGAUAUCAACUUCAUUUUGUAUAUCUUAUUUUAAAAAUCAAAAGCUUAUAAACUAAAUUACUUAUUAACAAAAUCAAAUUGAUAUUUUGACCACAUUCUAUUAUCCCAAUGCCAUUAAGUGGCUUCCAUUUAGGUGAGAUUUAAGGGAUUGGAUGUAAGCAAUUUGUUAUUAAUACCAAAGAGAUUGUUUUUGAUUGACUUUUGUUAGCAAGUAUCAUAUGCAACUUCAUAUAAAUAAAACCUGUACAUGAUUUAAUAAAUUAUUUAAUGUAUUGCACUAUAAUCUAAAACCAAGAAUUAUAAAUCUUUGGUCCCAUUGAAUAUACAACAUUGCCAGCACCUUAAUUCAAAAAAAUAGGGUCGGUUCCAAUAUUUCAAUUUCAAUGGUCGUCCUCACACGAUUGAAUAUAGACGAAUCAAAUUAAAACUUAAUAUAGUAAUGUAUUUUUCAAAAGCUAAUUACAUUUAAAGUUGAAUACUCAUUAAUAGCUUGAACCUAUUUUAAUUUAAACUAGUAAAACAAUUGUAAUUUGAAAAUUUCUCAUGAUGUCAAAAUAUUCAUCUAUUUUAUAUUGUUUAGCAAAACUUGAUUUCCCUUAGUUUAUUAUGUAAAAUCAUUUUUAUUAGGAGUGAACAAGGCACACAUUACUGCCUAUAUAAAACAAAUCACAAAUUGUGGUUUUGGAAAUUUUAAAACCGGACCAAAAUAUUUUACACUUGAAACCUUCUUGUUUUAAAAAAUAAUGGGUUUAUAAUUCUGUAGAACUGUUUCCAUUCUUGUUAUGAGUUGUAGAAGAGAUAUUAGGGUUGAUAAAACUUGCUUACACAGUUACACUGGGACUGGGUUGUCUUGUGGUGAGUGGUGACUCAUUGAGACUUCUUAUUGUGUCUACUUAUUAUUUCUUUUCCAAUGAAACUUGAGGAAUGUCUCAAAAUAAUGAACUAUAUAUAUAUAUAUAGCCUUUAAAUUUAUAAAUGAGGGUUAUCGACCUAUUUUGGGUCCUGACCUAAAACUAUAUGAAACUCUUCCUAAUUCCUUUCAGGUCUAUGGAGGGAUAUUUAGAUGGCCAGAACCCCUAAAUCAACCCAAAUUUGGUUAAAUAGUCUCUAUUUGUAUGCAUAAUGGGACAUAUUUAUAGGCUCAAGCCUUUGCGAGACUACUUAUGGUGUCUUGCGUCUUGCGUCUUGCGUAUUGAAUCGAUUGGUUAAUAGGUGGUACGAUCAAGGGAUCACCCUACGCCUACGGUGUCAUCUACAAAAUUAGUACUCUUAUUCAUCUAAAAUUUUGUAUCCGUUAAGAAUGUGCCUAUGCCUACUGAAACUUGAUCUGUAUCACUUACCUUAUAACUAACCGAGCCAAGAAUAUCAAAGCUCUCCAUGUUUUUUAUAUGUCAUUCCUUCAAUAUUUAGACAAUAUAUUUUAACCAUAAAUAAUUUACAUUCAUUUUAAAUAGACAACAAAUUAUGUAAAACUCAUCUUUUUAAUAUAGUCCUCAAUAUAUCCACCCUCUUUCUUUAAUUACUCUCCUCCACACCCUUUUUUAUUCAAAACUAGAUUGGAUACAUUACCUCUUUUUUUCCAAUCAAUUUCCACCUAUUAUUCACAAAUCUGAAUUUACCACCUAUCCUAAAACUUCUCAACAAAUUGAAAAAAAAAAAAAAAAAAAAUCUUACCUUAAACUAAAAAACAAAUAUAGACUAAAAAUAAUACAACGAAAAAACGCCAUUUCUUACAAUGGCGAAAUUAAAAUCAUCAAAUAAAAUAAUGAAGAUCAACAAAUCCUCUCGUGUAUUAUUAUUUGUUUUUCUCAUUAUUAUUCAUCCAUUCAUUGCAUUAUCAAAAGAAUCAAAGAAACACCAACAUGAAUCUCAUUCCCAUUCCCUUUCACAUUUGAAUCCAGAUCUAUUUUCUCAGUCCGUUCAUCUCACCCGAGACUAUUACCAAAAAACGUGCCCUCGUUUUGAAGAUAUAGUUAACCGUGUCGUAACAAUGAAACAAGCGGAAACACCCACCACAGCAGCUGCAGUCGUUCGGGUUUUCUUCCACGACUGCAUGGUGGAUGGAUGCGAUGGUUCGACACUUGUAGCGUCGAACCAUUUUCAUGGAAAAGCCGAAAGAGAUGCUGAUAUUAAUCUUUCUCUUCCAGGGGAUGCUUUCGAUCUCGUAACUCGGAUUAAAACGGCCCUAGAAUUGGAAUGUCCUGGCAUCGUUUCUUGUACUGAUAUUCUUGCUACUGCUGCUAGGAACCUUAUUAAAAUGACGGGUGGUCCGUACAUUGAUGUUGUUUUUGGACGCAAAGAUGGCCUUGUUUCUCAGGCUUCAAGAGUGAAGGGCAAUUUAGCCCUUCCAAACAUGACAAUAACUCAAAUUAUACACAUGUUCAAGGCAAAAGGGUUCACAGUACAAGAAAUGGUGGCUCUAGUAGGUGCUCAUACCAUUGGGUUUUCUCAUUGCUCAGAAUUUAGUAAAAGGAUUUUUUCAUACAGCAAAAACCAACCUGUGGACCCCAAGAUGAACCCUAAAUAUGCAGAAGGGCUCAAAAAAUUGUGUGCUAAUUACACCAAAGAUAACACCAUGGCAGCCUUCAAUGAUGUCAUAACACCCGGAAAGUUCGACAACAUGUACUACAAGAACCUUCAACGCGGGCUGGGCCUACUCGCCACGGACCAAGCCCUUGUUGAUGACCCGAGAACCAAGCCCAUUGUAGACGUCUACGCCGAAAACGAGAAUGCUUUUUUUAAUGACUUUGCUAAGGCAAUGCAAAAGGUGAGUAUGCUGGAUAUUAAAACAGAUAAGGAUGGUGAGAUUAGACACAGAUGUGAUACUUUUAAUAAACAAGGUGGAACUUGAAUAUGAAAUUGUUAAGAAAUUUAAUUAUUAUUAGGAGUUAAUUAAUGAAAAAAAUGGGGAAAAUAGAAAAUCCUUUGUUUUGCCUUUUGAUUAUAGUUUUUGAGAUGAAUUUGGAUCUUAAAGAUUAUAUAACAAGUAUUAAGGAAUGUGUUCUUCUGAUGGGUUUGGUGGUCACUAAGUUCAUUUUAUUGGAUUUUUUUUUUUCCUUGUAUGGCUUUGUUUAUUCUAUUUCUUGUAUGUAAUGUAACUUCUCUUUUGUAAUCAAAUUGAAUUUCAUUAUACAUUUGUGUCAAUAGUAUCUUAUGACUUAAUAUGAAAUUAUUGAUGUUUUUUAUUAUGUUUGAAUGAUACUUAUAUUGUAUUCCGUAAAAGCACUAAUAGUGUGGUGCAGACAAUUGGUUGUUGGCUUGCUCGAUCAUUUGAUAGUAUUGAUCUUUUUGUUUGAUUAGAUUUGCUAUUAUGAAGAUAUAAAGGACACCGAGGAGUUAUUGUUUUUUUGG